AUGCAGCCAGAAAUUUCAGAAGCAGCCGCUAUACAAAAUAUGACGAGGGUUCCUGGCAAGAGAGGUAGGAAUGAGAUUCCGCAUGAGAUAAUUGAGGUUAGUCAGGAUGAACUAAUGAAGAAUCGACCACGAGAAGACCAAGACAAAUCAACUGGAAUAGCUUUUGGGCCCUCAUAUCAGCCAGCUUCUUCAGGGAAGAGGAAGCCAACGAAGCUGCACAAGAGGAAACAUCAGAUUGGAUCUUUAUACUUUGAUAUGAGAUCUAAAGAGAUGGAAUUGGCAGAAAGGCGCUCAAAAGGCUUUCUCACAAAAGCAAAAACACAAGCCAAGUAUGGAUGGUAAUAAACUCAUAAUUUUUUGUAUGUUGCAUGUUAAUGUUGGGUCAAUUUUUCUUCUACAAAUGAAAAGCGUUGCAAAGAUUUUUGCUUUGUUUUCUCAAGAGCUCGUC